AUGCGCGCCGCGCCGAGUUGCCCGCGCUGGGCGCUGCUGGCCCUGGCGUUGCCCCUGGCGCUGCCCGCCGAGCGGCUGUCGCUGCUGCCGCACGGCGAGGAGCGCGGCGACGCCGCUCUGGAGCCCGGGGACGAUGCGCGCUCGGCGGCGCUGGAGCUGAGCACGGCGCUGCGCUUCUACGGCGCCGUCGUCCGCUCCCUCUACGUUGCCACUAAUGGGAUUAUUGCAGUGAAUGAACCUUCAAGUGAAGAAAAAUAUCUUGGUCAAUUCCCAGUCAGUUUUGGGGCUAUUGCUCCUUUUAUGGCUGACCUGGACACAACAGAUGGACGUGGAAAUGUGUAUUACAGAGAAGAUUCAUCCUCCGAUGUCUUGCAACUUGCAUCAGACUAUAUCAAAAGAGGUUUUCCUGAGACUACUUUUGAUCCCAGCAGUGUUGUCAUUGUUACCUGGAAGCUCGUGGCUCCUUACCAGGCACGGGGAGAAGAUCAUACUUUGGAAGAAAAGAGAAACACAUUCCAGGCUGUUUUAGCCUCUUCUGAUGCCAGUUCCUAUGCUAUUUUCCUUUAUCCAGAAGAUAGUUUGCAGUUCUAUAGUACAUACUCCAAGAAUGAUGAUGGAAAGAUUCCUGCUAUGGUUGGCUUUAGUCAAGCCUCUACAAACUACUACUUUUGGGAAAAGCCAGGAUCCUACAAUAUCAUUGCUAAUGAUGAAGACAGCAUUAGAAACCUGCACAAAAGCAGCAAUGCUGGGAAACAAGGUGUCUGGGUAUUUGAGAUCAGUAGCUCAUCUGAAAGUAUUGUGCCUGCCAAGAUCAGCGACGUUUUGGAGAACCUAGAGUCCAAUGAACAAGACCAGGAGAUGACUUCAAAACCAUUUAUGUCAGACUAUGGCUCCACUGAAAUAAGACAGCAGUAUGUCACCAGUAGUAUAGACAGCACAGAAGAGGAUCAGCACCACGUUACGUAUAGUGUUCCUCAGCUAGCUGCAGAAGACUUUCUGACGUCAUACCAAGUUGUAACAGGAACACCUUUGACUGAAUCUUUUUACAGUCAUCAAGAUUUCCCGACAGCAAAAGCUCCACCUCGCCAGUUCCAGGUCCAGCAGUUCCCCCCACAGCAACCCCAAGUCAUAGAUGUGGAAGAAUUUGAUGAAACUGGUAUAGUGUUUCGCUACCACACAGAUGUCCAACAGACCUGUGCUAACAACCGCCACCAGUGCUCUGUUCAUGCUAUUUGCAAAGAUUAUCCCAACGGAUUUUGUUGCAGUUGUAUUGCUGGUUACAAAGGAAAUGGCAGACAAUGUGUAGCAGAAGGUUCUCCUCAGAGAGUCAACGGGAAAGUCAAAGGAAGAAUCUUUGUAGGAAACAACCCUGUUCCAGUUAUAUUCGAGAACACUGAUCUCCACUCCUAUGUUGUGAUGAACCAAGGGCGUGCCUACACUGCUAUCAGCACAAUCCCAGAGACUUUGGGGUAUUCUUUACUGCCUCUUGCCUCUAUUGGAGGUAUCAUAGGAUGGAUGUUUGCUGUGGAACAGCAAGGAUAUAAAAAUGGAUUCAGUGUUACUGGUGGUGAGUUUACACGGCAAACUGAAGUAACUUUUCUUGGCAACAAUGAGAAGCUGGUUAUAAAGCAGAAAUUCAGUGGAAUUGAUGAGCAUGGUCACCUUACCAUCAGCACAGAAAUGGAGGGCAGAAUACCUGAGAUCCCAUCUGGUGCAUCAGUCCAUAUAGAACCAUACACUGAACUCUAUCACACUUCUAGUUCUGUGAUCACUUCAUCGUCCACCAGGGAGUACACAGUGACAGAGCCAGAAAGGGAUGGGGUUGCUUCCACGUACACGGGCGCCUAUCAGUGGCGACAGACCAUCUCAUUUGAUGAAUGCAUUCACGAUGACUCUCACCAUGCUGCUUCUGCUACUCAGCAGCUCUCAGUGGACAGUGUGUUUGUCCUGUAUAACCGAGAUGAGCAGAUUCUGCGAUAUGCUAUGAGUAACUCCAUCGGCCCAAUCAGUGAUGGUUCUGCUGAUAUUAACCGGAAUCCUUGCUACACUGGUACUCAUAACUGUGACACCAAUGCAAUAUGUCGUCCAGGAACUGGAAAUCGUUUCUUCUGCGAAUGUUCGAUUGGCUUCCGUGGAGAUGGAAACGUUUGUUACGAUGUUGACGAAUGUUCAGAGCAACCAGCUCUAUGUGGCAGCAAUGCAGUCUGCAAUAACCAGCCAGGAACCUACCUCUGCGAGUGUGUUGAAGGAUACCAGUUUGCAGCAGAUGGGCAGACUUGUGUUGCUGUUGAAUAUGUCGUAAACCACUGCCAGACAGGCACACACAAUUGUGACAUUCCUCAGCGCGCUCAGUGUGUGUACACCGGAGGGACCGCCUACAUCUGCACAUGCCUCCCUGGCUUCUCCGGAGAUGGGCGUGCCUGUGAGGAUGUAGAUGAAUGUCAACAGGGCCACUGUCAUCCAGACGCUUUCUGCUACAACACUCCUGGGUCCUUCAGCUGCCAGUGUAAGGCAGGUUAUCGUGGGGAUGGUUUCCGGUGUGUGUUAGGAGAAUUGGAAAAGACCAAAUGCCAGCGUGAACGAGAAGUAGCUCUUGGAAGUGGAGGCACUUUCUUCCCAAGGGAGAUAAGAGUUGAUCACUUCAUUCCCCAGUGUGAUGAGCAUGGGAAUUACCUACCCGCUCAGUGCCAUUCUAGCAGUGGAUAUUGUUGGUGUGUGGAUAGGGAUGGAAAUGAGAUUGAUGGCACCAGAAGCGGCCCAGGAGUUCGACCACCAUGUCUGAGCACAGCUGCUCCUCCUGUUGUUAUUGGGCCCUCUGUUCGACCAGAUACAGUACCUCUGCCACCAGGAACGCACUUGCUCUUUGCCCAAAGUGGUAAAAUUGAACAUGUUCCACUAGAUGGAAACAGUAUGAAGAAAAAUGGUGCAAAAGCACUCUUGCAUAUUCCAGAUAAAGUUGUUAUUGGAGUUGCUUACGAUUGCACGGACAAGAUGGUUUACUGGACAGACAUCAGUGGCCCUUCGAUCAGCAGGGCUAGCCUGCAGGGUGGGGAGCCAACAACCAUCAUCAAAACAGACUUGGGAAGCCCUGAAGGGAUAGCUGUAGAUCAUCUAGGUCGCAACAUCUUCUGGACUGACUCUCAACUGGAUAGAAUAGAAGUGGCUAGGCUGGAUGGGCGCCAGCGUCGCAUCCUUUUUGACACUGGCCUGGUGAACCCCAGAGCCAUUGUUGCGGAUCCUAUGAGAGGAAACUUGUACUGGACUGACUGGAACAGAGAAGCUCCUAAAAUUGAAACCUCAUACAUGGAUGGCACAAACAGAAGAAUUCUUGUUAAAGAUGAUCUUGGGUUACCAAAUGGGCUGACAUUUGAUCCUUAUUCCUCAAUGCUGUGCUGGGUAGAUGCAGGUACCAAGAGGGUGGAAUGCAUGAACCCUAAUCAGCUUGGUCGACGAAAGAUUGUUGAAGGAAUUCAGUAUCCUUUUAGUGUUACAAGCUAUGGGAAGAAUUUAUACUACACAGACUGGAGAAGGGAUGCUGUUGUAGCAGUGGAUCGCACGAUUUCAAUAGAAAAGGAUAACUUCCAGCCUCACAAGCGCUCCCGUCUCUAUGGAAUCACUACAGCCUUUGCUCAGUGCCCAGGAGGACAUAACUACUGUACAGUGAAUAAUGGCGGUUGUACUCACCUCUGCUUGGCUACCCCAGGAGGCCGUUCUUGCCGCUGCCCUGACAACACAGUUGGAGUGGAUUGUAUAGAAAGAAACUGAGCAUUAAAAUAAGCUUUAGAGCAGCAGACAGCUUUUGGAAAUGUGCUGUAAAAAAUUCACUCCUAUCAACACAAUCAGGCCCUAAAGAUAAGUGCUCCAUGCUGCUGACAGCAAGCCACAAUGCACAUUUGCAGACACACAUACAGGCAAUGACUGUUUUGUAGCAAUUAGGCAAGACAGAGCUGCCCAGGUUGGGUCCAACUGCAUCUUGUUCCUUCUAGUAUUAUGUUCUUGCUUUUAAAGGUAAAUGUGGAAGCCUUAGUUGCACCUGUGCUGGGCUAGGAGGAAAUGUCUCUUGGCAAAAUUAAAGUAACAAAUACUGAACGGAGUGAAGAGGAUGGCAUGACUCAGGAUGGUACAAUCCUGAGACUGGAUUGUACCUCAUAGCAUGCAGCACUUAUCUGCAUAGUAGCAUGCUUAGCCCAUCAUCUAUGCGGCUGGACCAUAUCUCUAGCUGAGAAACAACCAAGGGGUCUCAAGGAUGAAUAGAUGUGGGUGGGAACGCCCAGUAAUACGAGAGAUUUAAUGCCUAACUGCGUUCCGUCCCACUACCAGUCCUUCCACUUCCAAAACUUGAAUCUCAACCUUUGAGAUUAUGGAAAUACUUUAUCCGUGUGCUGUGAGGGUAGUUCUCACCCUGGGCCAUGCGAUACUUUCCCACAGCACGUGAUUCUUUAUAGAUAAUCAGCACUGCUUAGUGAAUGUAUUUGAAGUUUUUGUUGGAUUUUAAGGGAUUUAUUUUUCUUGGUCUGAGGUAGAUUCCUGAGUAGUUUCCUAAAAUCCACUAAACAAACUUUAGAUAUAGAUCUCAAUUGCUGAUAGUUCAUCAAAGAAUGGAUGUUGAUUCAUUUGGAGGUGUUUGAUUUUUAAAGGAACACAAAGUCACAUUUGUUUCCCGAGAGCUUUUAAAAUAAUAUUUCUAUGUUUGAUUCUAUAAGCCUGAAAGUGGUCUUUGAAUCCUAUCCUAGUCAUCUUUCCUCUUUAGCAAACCAUGCCAUGCCUCCUCAUAGACCAUGAGAAACCAUGGCAGUUAAAAAUCUGAUUUCCAGAAAGGUCACCUGUGUCUUGGUGCUUAAAAGAAAAAAGAUAGUGAUGCCCCACUUGUGUACCAAUGUUCAGUAACAGCAAAAAGGUGUGCUGAAAAUCAAAGCAAAGUUGAUGCUUUCAUCAUCACCAGUAAGUUUGGAGUGGGAAGGGAAAAUCAAAAUGCGUAUUCCUAUGUCAAAUUAGCAGUACAAAUCUGGGAGUGAAGUUUGGCUUCCACACUGUGUGUUGGAAAGGAAGCUUACCCGCAAGCCAGCCUGCAGCAGCAGAAGAAAACAGGGCUUGUGAGCCUUCUGCCAGAACACAUUUCACAAUGUCAUGAUCAGAGCAGUAAUCUAAUAUCCCCAUUUCCUCACUCCCUCUUCAGACACUACAGUAACAGUUUUAAACAGAGCCAAUUCUGAGUCUUAAUUGUGUGACAUCUUCCUCUUUAAUUGUAUAUUUAUCGUAAAAUAACAAACCAUAUAAACAUUUAAAAGAUUUUUUUUAUAACUUUUUAUAACUUUUAAUUCAUUUUAUUCAUACACUUAAUCAGGUAUGUCUUACUGUAAAUAUCAAAAAUGUGUUGAAAUGAAGGUGCUUGAUAACUUUCUCCAGAAUUAUUCACGUAUCUGGUGAAACAUUAAAGUUUACACUCUGUACAGGUAUCUACAGUACAGUCAAUAAAAACUUUUGGUUUUUAUUUUCUAUAAAAAAAAAGGUCAUGCCUACAGAAGGAAGUGAUAUGUGGUGUCUCAAAUCUCUUUUC